UCAAGAGGGUUUAGAGACUGCGCUGAUGUCUCUUUCCCCAGAUACAUGAUCAAUUGGAAGGAGCUCACCUUGUCUGGCUUGGACCUGCGUUACAUCGCGCCCUCGUUCCAGUCCCUCUUCCGACACUGCACCGAACGCAUCUCUCGUCCAACUCGCAGGAUCGCUCUCGCUCAUCGGUGAUAACCUUUGGAACGAAGGAAAGCGAGGCUUACAGAUCAUGUAUCCACGACCAUGGCACUCGCCCUGUUUUCUCGCUUCACCACGUCGUCCUCUGCCUUUUCUUCUCCUUGCUUGACGCGCGUUACGGUGAUCCCUCAUAUUGUGUACUCUCAGUCAAACAGCUGACUCCCUCCCAUCAUUUGGAUAUCCCGCAACUCGAGCUCCAACGAGCCAUCAAGCCAUUCCGGGCGGCACAAUGCCCUUCCCAGACACCGUCUCGAGCGUCAGUGGACGUAACAGCAGAUCCAGCAACGUCUCCGCUAUGACCGGCAUCUCUCACACCAAGCCUGCAGGGGGAGGCACCGAGAUUACGCUGAAUCCCGGAGUACUGAGUAUGCUCAAGACUUCGACGGACACAGGAGAUAUUGGAGCGUUGUCGUUCAACCAUGCUCGCUUACCCGGCAUGUCUCGCUCCAGCGCACCGCGCAAAGAGCACCCCACUCGAGGUUCGGGAUCGGUACCACCUCACACGUCAGGCAGCUCGUCUGCUAAACAUCGCCACGCUCCAUCACAAGCAUCUCGAGCGAGUUCCCGGUGGGAGACUACCUCGCACCAUCGACGUGGCUCGCUGACCAGCAUGCAUAGCAUGCCACCGUCCCUGCCUCUUAACCAUCAUGACAAGAAUUCCGUCACUGCGUACCCACAAGCCAGUGAGAAUGCCAGGGACAGUCGAUCGUACUCGCUAACGUCAGCUCCUUCCUCGCAGCUCAUGCCACGACAUCUGUCAGGCGCGAGCUCCAAGAGUCGUGGGCAUGGUUCAAACCGUCACCAUCGUGUGCUUGCUGAUCCAAGUCCACCGCUUCCAGAUAGUCGCCAACAAUUCGUCUAUCCCACUCGUCUGAAGCGACCGGGCUUUCGUGCUGGUUCGCCAGCACUAAGUGAUACUUACGUCCAGGGCCUAUCAUCACAUGGCCAGACUCAUGUUCCGCCUUUGAGACCACACGAUCGUCGUCCUUCUCCAGACUUUCCUUCGCGAAAUGGUACCUACAGGCCUGAGGGUGCUGUGGACUUUGCAUACGAUCCGCGCUAUCUCAAUGUGCGACCCUAUCCGCACUCUCGUCAUGCUCAUACCCCACCAGGUAUGUCUGAGUACGACAUCGGACCCAGUCAACACAGGGUGCCUCAUCCUCGUGGCGCUCGAUUUGAUGGCGGUGCUCCAGCUCGCUUCAUGAUGGAUCCAGCACAUCAUCGUCCGGUCUAUCCUGCGAACUACUCGGGAGGGCCUCCAAAUGCUAGGUCGGGCUACCAACAAUACUCACAGACUCCUUACGGUGGUUCUCGUGGCCCACCACCAGCGCAAGCAAAUUACUCCCAGAUGCCGCAUAUGAUGUUUCACAAUGCUGCUCGCAUGGCACGUCAGGUCCCAUCUCGUGCUGAGACCCCUAUGACCAAUCUUGGCCUCGACGGCUCGUCGCCUGCCUCUGAUCCGCCGUCUACCCGAUCGGCCGCGACUCCUUCCAGUCCUUCGACUCCUAGGGAUUACAGUGCCACGCCCGUUGGUGUCGAUCCAGCAUUCAUUGAUCCAGCCUUGGCUGAUCUACAAGAUUCACCCAGCGAACCACUCCUGUCGGCAAAGUACUUCGAGUAUGCUGAUGGCCUCUACCGCAAUCCCAGCGAAGCCGAACUAGAAGCAGUUCAGCCUGCUCUUCCUACCACUGGAUUCGUGCAGCGCGUUCGGGCGAUGCUGGAAUCUAAAGCGACGGUUGACACGUCUCCUGUAGCUGCUGCAAAAAACGUUAUUGCCCUGCCCAAGACAGCCCCUGAAGUGGUCUUGACCGAAGUACAUGAGCUUGAAGCGGGCGAGAUGCAACGCGAAAUCUCUGCACAGAAUCAAGAAUUGUAUGAGUUGGCUGCUAAUGAUGCACUCCAGUACAUUCUUGAGGAGGAAGCACAAGAUCCCGUGGAGUUACCAGCCUCCGGUCCCGAGAUCCCACAAACGAUCCCCGAGCUGGAAGUCAUCGAUGCAACAGAGCGGCCUUCGGAUAUCACUUCGCAUCGCAUCACGGUGGAGAUGGUCAGGACUGGACUCGGUCCUGGAAGUGUUGCGAGUGAUGAGACUGGCAACGUACACGAGGACGCCGCCGCUUCGUCGACAAACGGUGAACAAGACAAGCAAACGGAUGAUGAUUCCGCGGAUGAGCGUCCACCUCAUCUGCUAGACUCUCGACCGGUGAUGGCUCCUCCUGCAGAGCUAUCGAACUCCCCUCCUUUGCCGAAACCUCGAGUGGUCUCUAAUACGACAGUAUCUGGCGAUGCGACCUUGCCAUCCGAGGCCAAGUAUGCUAUGCGUUUCACCUCGCCAGCAGACUCGAAUGCUGAUUCGGACGAAACGCAAUCCGAAAACCCAUUUGCUUUGGAUGCUGAUACCAUGACUAUUGAGCAUCAAAAUCAAGAAGCGGCCGCGACUGCCGCCUCGAAAAAGAGCCGGUUGUCGAAUGACACGCACAAGUACGCUGUAGAAGUGACCGAUAACGUCACGACAAACCUUCUCAAAGUCACCUUGGAUCCUGUGAGUCCGCUCGGAUCUGAUGAGAAUGUUCAAAGAUUCUCCGCUGUCAGUCCACUGCCGAGUCCCCAAAUCGCUGUUAAUCAAUGCGCUAUCUCCGAGACCAUUGCGGACAUGCCGGGAGCAUUCCCCGACGCUGAAGAAAUCGCAUCGACCCAAAAUGAGCCUCAGACACCCAAAGCUCAUGUCAAAGUUGCCUGGCAGCGCCCUGCUACAGACACUUCGGACUCGAAUGUGGACAAUCAUAUAUCACUCCCAGGCAACACGAGUACAUUCAGCGAAAGUACUGCCAACAAUACAUCGGACGUGGUGACUGAUGUCGCUAUUCGCUUCACUCUACCGUCAGACGCUACCGCAAACAUCGCUAGACCUCAUGUCGUCUCUGUAUCCACUGGACCUACUCCAGAGGAAGGCAAUGCGGAUAUACUCCCUUCCCUUCGAAGAGGUCAGAUGACCAGGACCAGCCGCCGUACUUCAAUCUCAUUCGCGAAUGAAGUCGCCCCUUUGAAUAUCAAUAAACGUGUCGAACCACACCAGCGUGCGCAAUCUGCUGGUGCAGGACCUCUGAUCACUGGCCAGACCAUUACACGAAAGCCAUCUCCGCUGAACGAUGCAGCAGAAACAAGUCGCGCACCCCUUGAGCAAACUACGGAUGUACGACUCCCCGGCACUGCCAGAAAUUUCAAUCCUCCUUCGCACUCACGAUUCGGUAGCACGCAACUUCCUGGUCUAAAGGAAGAGUCUGCAGAAGACAUGAGUCAUAUCCAUAAAGAAACCGACGAAGAAACUCCCCGCUUCCCUGUACCGAAUCGUUUCGCUGCCAUGCGAGCAAUGCAGGAACGUCGUUUGGCAGAAUCCGCGAAAUCAUCUGGCGAUGGCCAUACUAAGAAACCUCGCCGCGACACGGCACGUCUUUUCAAUCGUCCCCUGGCCGACACGAAAGAUCUGCCUUCGCUCAACUUCAGCCGCACCGAUCUCAUCGACAAGCUCAAUGAAGCGCUCGAAGUCGUGCCACCUCCCCGCGAUGCCAAGUCCAUGGAAAUCCUGCGUCCGGCGACCCAGCAUCGUUUCUCGGGCAUCUUCUGCCCCUCCCCACAGCGUCCGCAGAGCACAGAGCCUCUUCGCGAGAGAUACACAAGCUUCUUCUGCAAACCGGAGGAUUUCAGCUGCUUUGAUGUGGUGGACUUUGAGGAUGGCGAAGGUGAUGCAGUUGCCAACGGAGAAGCGGAUGAAGAUCCGAACGGCAGUCAAGACGAUGCGACUCCGAAGCCGAACGACAUCGGUUCUCGUCCUGCUGCCCAAGCGGAACUGCUUGAAUUUGCGUCGCAGAUCAAUCGACUUUCCAUCCCGUCUGUCAAUGGGCUCUCUGAGAGACUCUCUGGGCUUAUCCCUGGUCUCAGGAAUUUGCAGAAUUUUCACUUUGAGGACAUCCUCGGCAGCAGUACCGGACGUGAGUCCACUGGGAUACUGUGGGAUGGGGAAAAUAUAAGACCAGGCACGGUGUUGUCUACUCGGAGUUCAGGCUUUCGAGCUCUGGCGGAACGUGCGGAAGAGAUUGUCAAGAACGGCACGCACGACUCUAUUGUCCCCAAGUCGAACACGGCUCUGGACAAAGAAUUGCCACCACUGCCGGGGACUAUGUCUGCGGAGGACGACCUGGCGGCGAGUGUCGCGGGUUGGAAGAAGCAGCCUGGACUCACGACAUCGGUAUCAGCGCCUUCUGAUCUCAAUCAAGGCUCUCGCCCAGCUUCUGCACUUACGACCUUCAAGUCUCCGGCCACCGCUGAAGAAGUUCUAGAUUUGCUGCCGACGGGAAUGAAUCCCAUCGCAAGGAAUGCGAAACGCUCCAUGAUCCUCUCGCAGCCGAGCAGUCGACCCUGGAACCUCGAUGAGAAUUAUCCCUGGGCAGAGAGUAAGGUCGACAUCGAUUUGAGUAACCCAUCGGAAUCGCAUGUUCGCGAUAUUUCUGGGGCAGAGAAAGGUCUAGGAAGAAUUACAGGCCAUUCUUUCGCCGCUGGAGAUCUUUCUACUACCCAUGAGACGGUCGAUCUCACCACAGAACAGCAGGGAAUUGAUAUUGGUUCCAUCACUUCCGCGACACAUCACAACAAGCACGAUAAUGCAUCCAUCACGACUGAGCAAGCCACAGGCGUCAGCACAACAUCUCAUCAUCAUCGCAAACAUUCCAAGCGCUCAAUCAUCGGCUCCAUCACGAAGCGGAUUGUUGGCGGAUUGAAAAGUCGCGCACCUACCGAAGACUCGGAGACUUUGAACAGUACAUCCAAAUCUCCCGUGCCACCAUAUGAACAGCAUACUUCCAUCGACGGCCUUCCGGCCCACCGUCCUGGGGACCGUUAUCCAACCAGUGGACUUUCUCCUCCUUUGACGGGUCUCAAUUUGAACCUCGACGAAGUCCGUUCCUUCUUCUCGGACAACAGCUCGGACAAAGAACACAACUCUUCAUUCCGCAAACGUCUCACCAACUUGAAGAAAGUCGGCGGAGGAGGCAGCCAUGGCAGUAAGAACAAAGGCCUCCGCCUCGAUCGAUCUUCUAUUCGCCAUCUUCACCUCCUUCAUCACCAUCAUCGGAAUGCCUCCAGCACUAACCCUCGUCACCACUUUCACCGCGGCCACCACUCCUUGGACGGCACCGGCCACACCACCGCAACCUCCACCUACGAAGUCGAUCCCACCGCCACAACUACUAGCCUCCCAGGCACACCAACCACCCUGAACUACCACCAACAUCUGGGCUCUGCUCACGCAAUCCCGAUAUCGUCCUCCACUGCAGCCCUCGCCACAGCGGCCACAACAGCAACAGCGCCUUACCCGGCUUCCCUCGGCGGCACACACGGCGUCGUGGUCGGAAUGGGCAAGACGGAAUUCCACCUCAAGCGCUUCGGCGAGAAACUCCGCCAUCUCCUCGCGCGCAGUGGGGAUCUAUUCCGUUCCUUCAGCGCUAGUGCGAAAGGUGGACGGUCGGGUGGUGAUCGUGUCUUUGCCGCGAGGAAGGUUUUGGUCGGCGGGAGACGGGAGAGACGGGGAAGAGGAAGGGAAGAGGAUGAUGACGAUGAGGAUUGGUUGGCGGAUUCGGUUUAUUCGGGGCUUUGAUUCGGGGUUGGGCCCGUUUCAUGUGAGAAGGUGCUGGGUGAUGGUGGUGGUGGAAGAGUAUGGGUGGGCACGGGUAUGGGUACGUACGCACAGGCGUGGUUGAGACGGUCCGCAGUAUCUUAUUCGACAUUUAUCUGAGAGGUCUAAUUUGUAUAUCUACUCCUUGUUUAUGCUUCGGGCUACAAUUCAGCCAUCCAUCUCCCAUCAUUCUCGAAUCGAUCUCAUCAGUUAAG